CACGCAAAUUUCGCUGUCUGCGUGCGUCCUCUCCUCUCUUUUUCUCCGCCUCCGAUAAUCCCUAAGCGAACGCAUUUCUUGCGCUCUUCAAAUACGAGCUUCUCUCCUCCACUUCACACGCUCUUUGUGCUUAUACGCGGUUUCUCUCUCCCUCCCUCCCCACGCUCCUCCCUCUCGUUCGCUCGUUGAUCCGUUACAGGGAUAAGAAUGGCCUCAACCGCAGGAGUGGGGAUCUCAAUCUUGCCGCCGCCGGCGAGUUCCCGAAAAAGCCAGGUUCUUAAUGGAGUUUCUGGCUUAAGGCUUGUCUCUUUCUCUAGUCAAAGGAAAAGUUUCCCAUUUGUCCGACUGCAGUCAGCUCCCAUGCGGUUCCAUGUUUCUUGCGCUGCAAAACCAGAGACCGUUGGGAAAGUUUGCGAGAUAGUGAAGUCGCAGCUGGCUCUUCCUGAUGGCACCUCCGUCACCGGCGAAUCAACAUUUGCAGCACUUGGAGCCGAUUCUCUUGACACGGUUGAGAUUGUGAUGAACCUUGAGGAAGCAUUCGGCAUCAGUGUGGAAGAGGACAGUGCUCAGGGCAUCGCUACCGUUCAGGAUGCUGCAGAUUUGAUCGAGAAGCUUGUGGAAGCUAAGUCAAAUUAGGGAAAUAUAAAUGACUUUUUAAUGGAUGGAUUUAGCCUUCUUGGUCUUAUUACCCCAUGCUUCGAAGUUAUCUAUUUAUGCAAAAUCAUAUUUGAUUGAAUUACGUUAUCUGUAUGCCUUCUGCUUUAUUUUAAGAACCAUUCAGUGGACGCGUUAAGAACUAUUUUGUUACAUCCAUAUUUUUCAUUCUAUUGGUGCAACUUUUGUUUUAA